GUAGCACCGGCUGAAAAGAAUAAUUGAUCUCCAUUUUCCAUGUCUUGGAGGUCUCUGACCAAUUCAAAAACGGCGCCAAUAGCCUCACGUCCCCAGUCUUCCGCUCUGGAGGCACAAGGGCGAAGGUCGCGUUGGAGUGCGACGGCGCGAGAGGGCGGAGCCGUCGCCAUGGCGACCCGCGCGCGGCCCUGGCAGCUCUGCUCUGCGGGAAGCGCGGGUGCUGUGGCCCUGGCGACCAGCGGGGCGGCGAGCGCCGAGGGGCCGGGGCGGCCCGGGCAGCUGCAGGACGAGACCCUGGGCGUGGCAUCUGUGCCUUCGCAGUGGAGGGGCGUCCAGGGCAUCCGCGGGAAGACGAAAGGUUGCCAGACGGCCAGCAUCGCCACUGCCGAAGCGUGCGCCCAGACCCAGAAGCAUGCUGAUGCUGAGGUGCAGACCGAGGCCCCUGUGCCGGCCGGCGUGCUGCCUGCGUCCCAGCACGACAGCCCCCGGCUCGCAGCCUUUCUUCGGAGAGUGGAGGCCAUCGUUAUCCGAGAGCUGAACAAGAACUGGCAAAGCCACGCCUUUGAUGGCUUCGAGGUGAACUGGACCGAGCAGCAGCAGACGGUGACCUGCCUGCACACGCUGGGUUACCCUCCAGCCCAAGGGCAGGGGCUGCAUGUGACCGGUGUCUCCUGGAACACCACUGGCUCUGUGGUGGCCUGUGCAUAUGGCCGGCUGGAUGACGGGGACUGGAGCACGCUGAGGUCCUUCGUGUGCGCCUGGAACCUGGACCGGCGGAGCCUGAACCCCCGGCAGCCGUCAGUGGUGGUGGAGGUGCCCAGUGCUGUCAUGUCCCUGGCCUUCCACCCCACACAGCCGUCCCAUAUCGCAGGUGGGCUGUACAGUGGUGAGGUGCUGGUGUGGGACCUGAGCCGUCCUGAGGACCCACUGCUGUGGCGGACAGGCCUGACAGAUGACACACACACAGACCCUGUGUACCAGGUUGUCUGGCUACCCGAGCGCCGCCACAGCCACCGCUUCCAGGUGCUGAGUGUGGCCACUGAUGGGAAGGUGCUGCUCUGGCAGGGGGUCGGGGCGGGCCAGCUGCAGCUCACGCGGGGCUUCGCGCUGGUCAUGCAGCAGCUGCCACGGAACACCAAGCUAAGGAAGCCUCACCGGGGGGAGACCGAGGUGGGUGCCACAGCAGUGGCUUUCUCCAGCUUUGACCCCAGCCUUUUCGUUCUGGGCACGGAAGGCGGCUUCCCACUGAAGUGUUCCCUGGCAGCGGAAGAGGCCGCCCUCACACGGAUGCCGGCCUCGGUGCCCCUGCGGGCCCCGGCACAGUUCACCUUCUCUCCCCACGGCGGGCCUGUCUACUCAGUGAGCUGUUCCCCUUUCCACAGGAAUCUCUUCCUGAGCGCAGGGACCGAUGGCCACGUGCACCUGUACUCCAUGCUGCAGGCCCAGCCCCUGACCUCGCUGCAGCUGUCCCACAAGUACCUGUUUGCCGUGCGCUGGUCCCCAGUGCGCCCCCUGGUGUUCGCGGCAGCUUCUGGCGAAGGUGCACAGAGAACUUUGAAGCGGCUGAGGCCACUGCUCUGGGCCUCUUACCCGCCACUCUCUCUCCCUGAAGGUGAUGUACAGCUGUUUGAUCUCCAGAAAAGCUCCCAGAAACCCACAGUUCUAAUCAAGCAAACCCAGGAUGAAAGCCCUGUCUACUGUCUUGAAUUUAAUUGCCAGCAGACUCAGCUCCUGGCUGCUGGUGAUGCCAAGGGCACGGUGAAGGUGUGGCAGCUGAGCACCGAGUUCACUGAGCAGGGACCCCGCGAAACAGAGGACUUGGACCAGCUGGCAGCGGAGGUGGCCAUCUGAGGACAACAAAGCCAGGGUGGGGAG